UUUCAACUAUCUAAUCAAGUGAAAAGAGAUAACAGUAUCAAGGGCAUGCGCAGCUAAAAGACGAAGGUCAGGUUGUGGUAAUACCACCUUUUCAUUUUCGGUCCUACCCCUAGUUACAAGUCCCGACAUUCGGCAAUUCCUAAAAAAUGUCUCCACUUGCGGUUCUCAUCUUGGCUAUCAUGGUGCCGAGCCUCCAGGCAAAGCCUACUUAUUACACUGCAGCUGUAUUCGAGCAUACCGGCACUGGAUCGAAGAACGAUUCGACGGCAGAUAUAGUGAAAAAGAAUCUUGACUUCUAUAAAAGAGCAGCUGAGAUUGCUCGUUCCAAAGGUGCAGACAUUAUUGUAUUCCCUGAAUAUGGAGUACUUCCGUAUAGUGACAGAAAACGAAUGAAGCCAUUUUUAGAAAAUAUACCAAACCCUUUAGAAAUUGAAACGACACCUUGCUCCAGUCCUGAUAGGUAUACUGACAGACCUAUUCUUUAUACUCUCAGCUGUAUAGCACAAUACAACUCUUUAUAUGUUGUUGCCAACAUGGGUGAUAUCCAGAAUUGCUCAAGAGAUCCAGAUUGCCCAUCAGAUGGAACAUAUCACUUCAAUACCAAUGUAGUCUUUGAUAGAAGUGGCACGCUUUUAGUGAAGUACCACAAAGAACACCCCUUCUUUGAACAAGGAAUUGACAUACCGAAAGGAAAACAGGUACCAAUUUUCAAAACAGAUUUUGGUACCUUUGCCACUUUUAUCUGUUUUGACAUCGUCUUCAAAAGGAUAACCGAAAUUGCUCAGUUGCCUUACGUAGAAGGUAUUGCCUUUCCUACAAUGUGGAUCAAUACUGAACCCCAAUUCGUUUCCACUGAAUACUUUCAAGGCUGGGCUAUGGGAAAUAACGUUACUUUGUUGGCUGCAAAUCGCCAAGUUCCCAUGGAAGCUAGUCUUGGGAGUGGUAUCUUUGAUGGCAAGAAAGGCGCUCUGGCUUACACUCUGAAUCCUGAUGGCAUUUCUAAACUUGUAAUAGCUAAGGUUGGUAGAUCUGGUAUUCCUAAAAUAUCGCCAGAUGCAAGUAUUACAGCCAUAACUGCAAAUGCCACAUGGGAAUGGACGGAUGAUGGAAAAAAUAUUCCAGAUGAAUGCUCCAUGACAAGUGGGUAUCCUUGUCAGAAAGAAACAAUGUUACAAAACUAUACAUUUGUGAAACUAAACAAGUCUUAUGGAGAUGUAGAAGCUUGUAACAAUGGACUAUGUUGCAAAUUAUCAUAUACUUCAUAUGGCCUUAAAGAAAAUUAUUAUUUGGGAGUUUUCAAUGGAACAUACAAUGUUCAAAAUACCUAUCACUGGUGUGAAGAAGAAUGUCUUCUUGUAAGAUGUGAAGAUCAGAAUGGCGUUGUGUGUUCAAAGUUUCCUCUGAAAUCUACCACGCAAUUCCAUACUGUUUUUUUGAGAGGAAAUUUCACCAGUGAUUUCGUUUAUCCUUCUGUUCUUAGCAGUGAUAUAAGGCUUGUGUCGACCAAAUACUGGCAGCAAAAUGCUGAUAAGUCCAUUAUUACUCAUAAUUACGCAGGUAUAAAUUAUAUCACUGUCGGUUUGAAAGGACGAUGCUAUAACAAAGAUCCACCUUUUCGUCGAUAAAAGAAACGUUACAGAUUCAGGAGUUCGAAUCUAAUAUUGUUCUACUUAAUACUUCAUACAAGGAAAGUGCUAACUCUUGUGAAGAUAAUGACAGCGGCUGAUUCUUGAGUAUUUUCCACUGCGAUUCUUAUGUAUUUCAAGGAUUUCAAUAAAUUCAAAUUAUUUUACCUUU